AUGCGCGGGGCUCCUAGGGCGAAGGAUGCAACAGGUCAGCACAUUUUAAGAUUGCUCGCGAGGCAGGGAGGAGCUCGCGUCCGCGAAGCGGCGCGAGCGCAAGCUAUAUACGAGCCCUCGUACUUAACUAGAGGCAACGAGCGCGCACUGCGCGGCUGGCGCGUGCCUCCCCUCCCUCUGUUCAUCCGCGUAUACCCAGACGACGCGCGGGGGAACGCUGUCGGCAGGAAGUCGACUUGCGCGGUGGUCCACGGCCUUGCAGACCGCCCCACCGCCGUCGGAGUAGCCGCCGCAAAGACGCACACGAGAUAUCUCCCCCACGCACCCUGUCCUUGCGCUACCGACCGAAUCUCGCAGGAGGGGAAACUAUGUCGGUAUGAGGCGGAUGCGUUGCGCAGACGCUGCCGUCGUUCUGAUCCGUCUGCGCAGAAAGCGGGAGGUCAUGGCCAAAUGUCGCCCCGCUCGUUUCGGCGCCGCAAUCGAGGGCUGAGUUGCAUAUGCGAGAUUUUGACCUCACAUGCCGCUUUCUUGGCAGCCCCUCGCACGGCUGAUGGGAGGGGAGACUAUGCCGCUGAGAGCCGGUCGAGGCGAGGCGAAGCGCCGCCACGUCAAUUGACUGAGGCUACCAUGCUGUACCCUAUGCCGUCCUCAUCGCCGCACGCCGCCUCAAGAUGGACGAGUGACGUUCGACGCAUGCGGCUAGGCCGAGUCGACGAAUUCACGGAUUUUCACCUCCUCAUCGCCGCAUUCCACGCCACUCGAGGCUACAAGCGCCUGUCUACUCACGAGGGGAGAAGGGAUGCGGCGCCCCCGCCCCUCCGCGGCCAUCCCCCAUCACCCCACAACCCCCAUGCCUUGCCAAAUCACAAGGAGCGCACUGACAUCGUGGAGGGUGGUGCUAAGGACGUGCUCACGACGCGCUGCUGA